AUGCCGUUUAAGCAGCCGUUGGGUGAACGCGAUGCAGCGAAUCGCGUUGCUCCAUCUUUUAUUCGGGUAUUCUCUUUAUUCUGAUUGCUCGCAAUUUUCUGCUUAUAAUAUAAAGGCAAACUAGAUCUAGUUUUUCUAUGGAAAAAUCUGAUUCAAUUCCAAAAAACAAAAAUUUUCACAGUAUGUGAGAGGUGUGCAGUAUAGUCGACGCACUCAAGCAUACUCAAAAAACUUCCGAUUCGAUUUAUCUUUUUUCGAUAUCAAUACAUUGCAAUGUAUUUCUUUGUUUAGAGAUAUUAAUUUGUUAUUGUAAAUUUUCGUAGCUUUGUAAAACCUGAGAUAUUUCCGUUAAUUUUAAGUUGUAUUUUUGUCAACUUUUUAGCCUCUUGCGGACAAAAGAGCCGUCGUCGGGGAGCAAGUUAUUCUAGAAUGUCAACUCGAAGGUCAUCCGGAUCCUGCUAUCAAAUGGCUGAAGGAUGGUCAUAAUGUUUCAACCUGUCCAGAUUACCAAGUAAGUUAUUUUUGUUUGAAGUUCAAAUGCAGUUAAUUUUUCCAGAUCCAAGAAGAAGGCUUGAAACAUCGGUUAAUCAUCUCACAGGUUCAAGCGGCUGACAGUGGACGAUUCACAGCACAGGUAAGUAUUAGAUGACUUAUUUAUGAUGGAGGAAUAUUUUAGGCAGCAAACUCUGCUGGAAUCAAGCAGUCGACAUGCAUUUUGAUCGUUGGUCCAGCGCCAACGCCUAUUCCCGGAGCGAAAAGCAUCGCGUUGGUUCAGAAAUACCGUUUUUGAUAAGAGAAAAGGUUUUUCAGGUCACCAGCUCCUCCACAAACUCCCGUCGGUCCUAGCGCUCCGAUUUUCCUGAAGGAAAUGCGCCAUCAGCCUCUGAAACCAGGGGCGGUCAUGGUUUUCGAGGGACGCGUCGCCGCUGUUCCUGCGCCCACCAUAGAAUGGCUAAAAAACGGGAAACCUCUUCAAAAUUACAGGUUAUUUCAUCGAAAUGAGAAAUAGGAAAGUUUGUUGAGUUUGAAGAAAGCCAUAAGCCUGUUUCUACAUGUAACUUUCUGAAAAUUUCAGGUCAAAACUUUUGAUACAUUUGGUUUUUCAAAAGUUUUUGUCUCUGAAUCUUUGAAGAAAUAUCCGUGGAUUGAAUAAUUUCAUCAAAAGCGAUCAAAAUUCAUACAUUUUGGUUUGAUUUAUCAUUCUUUUUUUCAAUUUGAAAAUCUUGAAGUUAAAUUUUUUUAAAUUUUUUUUCCAUUCUGUUUUUUGAUUUAUUUUUUGCUUGACGUGUAUCUGUUACUAAAAAAAAUUUUGAUCAAACGAAAAAAAAAUAAAAGAUUUCAAUAUAUUGAAGGCAUAGGGGCAGUAAAAAAUGGGGUUUCAGGUGAAAGCAGUAUCUUGUAUAGUUUUUCUUUGCGAAUCCAACGGUGUACUCAAAAAAAUUACAGAUGUGACAACUUUAGAAGAAAAACGCGAUUUUACUUUCCCGCCUUUAAUUUUGAAAAAAGCUUUGGAUCGGUGCUCAGACAACUGAUUACAGUAGCUGUGCACGCGAUGUUGCGGACGUCUCAUUAGACUCGCAUUUUGUGAGAAAUAACCGGCUAUCUGCUUCAAUUUAAGGGUUUCUUCUCUGAAAAAUCGAUUAAGAAAACAGAAAAAACAUAUUGGUAAUAAAGAAAACACAAAUAAUCGCUAUCCCAAUCGAAACCUGUGUAAAAUCAUCAUUUUUCACUAAAAACGCUUUUUUGCGAUCAAAGUUUGCGAAUUAUACAUGAAUAGAAAGCUUUUGUGACGAAAAGAACUUUGGUGACAACAGAAAAAAUUGAAGUUUGAAAGAAACGAAGUAAAAAGCGAAAAUCCGAAAAACGGGGAAGCCUGUUGUCCAUAGAGCAACUUCACUGCAAAGCGCCCUUUUCGCGGGAACUCAAGCUUUCCUUUCUCCGAUUUUGAAUUAUUUUUUCUUCAAAACUAGGAAGUUCGGUACGUUCCCAAGUUUACCGUUCGAUUCGCAAUGAAAAGCUCUACAAAGUACUGCUUUGAACUGAAACACCGUUUUUUACUGCCCCUAUGCCUUUAAUGGGGCGUUUAAAUUAUAAAAAAUAUACGGUGAAGAAAUCUUAUCUAUGAGAUCUUUAUGAAUUUGCGAAUGCAUUGGCUCUUAGUUUUCAUUGUAAAUAUAUCUCCAGGGCCAAGCUGGAGCACGACAGCAAGUCCGGAAUCGUGUCGUUGACGAUCCCGCAGAUGUUCAACGACGACGCCGGCGAGUACAGUUGCAAGGCGACGAAUGUCCAUGGCGAGGCGAUCAGCGUGGCUCAAGUUCCGGAAAUAGUUAUCACAAUUAUUUUCGAGUUCCACUUCAGCUUCUGCCGAGAGAACAGUACGACCGUUGGUUCUCCAAUGAACAGGCCCGUCUCACAAAAGACCGAAAACAAGGAUUUCUGUCCCAGGUACAUGAAAGAAAGAAAAAUGGAUACAAAAAGGGUUAUUUUCAGACUUUGCGACCAAGCAGCGUGGCGCAGAAGCAAAUGCAGAAACAGGGAUACGGAACAGAUCAAGAAAGUGUCGACAUGGUUUGUACUAGAAAUAGCGGGGAAAAUCAGAUAAAUUUGAGGAGACAAAAUGCAGGAACACUUAGAAUCCAUAUAAAAGUUCUAAGAGCGAACUUCGUUAAAUAGUAGAUUCACAUCCGUUUUUGGGGUAUAUAAAAGCUGAAAAAGUGUUUGCAAUGCAAAUAACCACAAAAAUCACUUUCGAUUCAUGCUGUUUUUUGAGAACUUCGGAAAUUCGUUACAAAUGGGUAUAAUAAUUUUGAUUUUUUUGAAGGGAGGUCAAGAUUAACCGACGAAUUUCUGAUUUGAUGACAAUUUUCCAAAUUUUCUCCAUCAUUUGAAGUUUUUAUCCAUUUUUCAAUAAAUCCCUGCCAAAAUCCUGAUUUCAAUUUUGGUUUUGGCCUGAAAUGAAUGUAUUCAGCCAUACGGAAUAUCUGAAUCGGAAACUGAGCCUGAACUCGCCGCGCUUGAUGCGAAAAGUGGACCUGGAGCAAAGCCGAUCGUUAGGUAUUUCAAAGGAAAAGAGAUAUAAAAUGAAGUUUAUGGUUAAGAACUCCUCUUCGAGGUCUUCGACUCACCGAAGGAACGGACGCCAUUUUGCAAGCCAAUAUUGUCGGGAAUCCGAAGCCGAGGAUCACUUGGCUUUUCAACGGAAAAUCGCUCCAAAUCAGUGGACCACGCACUCAGAUGACCUACAAAGGUUUUCAAGUUCGAAAAAAGAUAAACUUGGAAACGAAUGUUUAGGCGCAAUGGCAGUGCUGAAAAUCUCGAUGGUGACGCCAGAAGAAGGAGGAGAGUAUACGGUAGUCGCCGAAAACAAGCUCGGAAAGGUGAACUUUUGCGGGAACAUGUAAAGCGAUUUUUGGAAAAAAAGGAUCAUUCAAAAAAAUCAUUUUUUUCAUUUUUUUCAUUUUUAGCGUUUUAUUUCUCAUUUCCGAAAAAUUUCAUCUAAAUAUUGGCUAUUUUUUUCUAAAUCAGAGAUCGGUCUAAUUUUUUUAUCUAGAGUGAAAAAUUUCAAUUUUCAGAGGGAAAAAAUGUUUCAAAUUGAAGUUUUGCUCUAAUUUAACAUAACGUCUAAUCUUCUUUUUUCUUCAAAUUUGAAAAUUAGCUCUGAUUAAUUUUUUUCUUGCCAAUCAAAGUUGAAGCCCCGUGAAACAUUGAUUUUUUUCUUUAAUAUUACAGCAAACUUUCACUGCCGAAUUGUCACCCAUAAAACUAAAGUUUUGAAAAAAAAAGGCAGAAGGAAGUAAAAAGAUUCUAAGAGACUCUGGAGAAUGAAAGUAGGAAGAAAUACCUGUAAUUUGGAGACAUCAAGUAGAAAUGACGAGGAGCUGCUUGUGGAACGGCAGGUAUCAACGAUGGUUCUUAUUUGCCGCCGCACUCCUGACUCUUCAGGGGCCUGGCUUUCCAAGCCAAUAAAAAAUGCACUUGUUCGAGUUUUGCGCCUUUUUUUGUUCUGUUUAGCCUCGCGUUACCUGUGGAACACAUCCGCCGCUGGCUCGAGUGCCGUUUUCCCACGUUCUCUUUCUUGCGAUUUCUUAUCCUUCCUCCCUUCUUGGUAUUAAACUCGUUUUGUCCAUGUUUAUUCGUCGAAUAUCAAGUUUUUUCUUCAUCAUAAGGUGCAAAAUUUUAAAUUAAGUUUAGAAGAUUUCUUUUUUUUUGGUGGUCAUAGGGUUUUUAAAAUGUUUCCUUUUUCUUUCCUGUAAUUCGAAAAUACAUAAAGGUUUGCGAAAAAGCAAGUUAAAAGGCCCUGUUACUUCGGUCGUCUGCAAUGAAGUCGAAAAUACUUUUUCACGAUUUUUCUGGAUCUAGGAAAAUACUGUAAUUUGAUGUUUUAAAUUGAACAUUUUUUUCUCCCCUAUCUGAUCCACACUGUAAAUAUUAGAUUGAAAAAAAAUCUGAAAGUAUUUUAAUUAUACAGGAAAAUCGGGAAAAUUAAUUUUAAUUUUGUUACAUCUCGAUUAAGAACUUGAUCUAAGAAGCUUUGCCUUAGACAAACAAGUCGUAGAACUCACUACUAUAACGUUACACUUUUUUAAUUUUGUUUUCCCUUGUUAAUCAAUUUUUCUAAAGCCUGGAGGGCACAAUUUUCAUUUUGAAUUUUCUCUGUGUUCAGCUCCUAUUUUUGACUACAUCGGAGUGCUCAAAGUCUUAUUCAACCAUUGAAGUCAUAAAAAAAACUGCUAGAUUCCCUUCCUUUUUACGGCGAUCAGCUCAAUGAAUCGUUUGGAUUUCUGUAGUGGAGCCAAUAAGCUGCGGCGAUGACUAUAACCCCUCGACGUCGAGAAGGUGAACCAAUUGGAGGAGAAGAAAAGGUUUUCGAGGAGAUUGGCGAGUUGCAAAAAAGUUGGUGGCGGCGAGUGUGAGUGGCGGUGGGCGCCGCGAAACGCGAAGAAAUAGCGACUUGAUCUUGGAGGAUCGUCGUCGAAAUCUACGGAGGUGGAUAAACAGCGGCUCUCGCACAUCAUACACACCCAAUGGAAACUUUCGCCACCUUUUGCCUUUUUGCCCAGGUCUUUUUUUUUUUUUGGUAGGCGAACAAUCGCCGGCUCAUUCUCGCCGGACCAACUGCACGGAGCCGUGAAAUCUCUCUCUCUCUUCCGUUUUUUUUUUCAAUUUUAUAUUCCGAUUUUUCAUCGUCUGAAAUCGACUUUAAUGCUUUCAAAGGUCAUCGGCUAGAUAUUUAUGUUAUAGAUAUACACUAGUACCACUGUAGUGAUUUUAUUUGAGAAGUGAACUACCAUAAUGCAAUCUUGAUGAAUGAAAAAAGCUUUACGCUUAAAGUAAAUUCAAAAAAAUUUUUUUUUAUCUGAACCGAAAAUACUAUGGCUAGAGAAGAAUAAUUAAUAAUUACCGUAACUCUUGGUAUUUUUUUAAAAAGUACAACAAAAUGGUUUAUUCGAAACAAUCCAGCCAGUUUCUAUAAAGUUUGCUGGACGCUUCAAGGGAGCGUAUCGUCUGCUCAAAACUAAGAUUUUUCAAGAAGCAUAAAUACAUUUCAUAAUUUUUGAUCAGGAAAAAACCGCCAUUUAGAAAUUUUUCUCAUUGAACUCAGGUCGCGUUCAUAUGCGGCACCAAAAAAGUUUUAAAAAAGCUGUUCUGAUCGAAUAGAUACAUGCAGGCUUGUUUUUUUCUUUCAAUUUCAUUUUUGAGCCCUGAGACGGCUAAAAAUAGCGUGAUCUUUUCUGAAAUGAACACUGGGAAAAAUCAGAGUGGUUUCCGAUUAGAACACAAAGAAAAGUGCGUGGUUUGGAGUGGGCCGCCGGCGCAGACGCAGCAGAAAAAUGGCUUUUUGUCUUCACAGUGUUCUUUUAGAAGGACCAGUUAGCUUAGGUUAUGGCGUAACUUAGGAUAGAAGAUCCAAAUAGGUUUCCAAGUUUUUUUUUGAUUGACUCAGCUGGAAAAUCAUGACGUUGAGAAAUAAAAAUUCGGGAUUUUCUCCGUUUUUCGAUCUCAGCAAAACUGCAAAUAUUUUUUUUUCAGAAAUUCAAAUAUUGCAAAAGUCAGAAUUUUGACUUUUAUUGUGUCUCUAGGAGCUUUUUAUUAAAGGCAUAGGGGCAGUGAAAAAUGGGGUUUCAGGUGUAAGCAGUAUCUUAUAUAGUUUUUCUUUGCGAAUCGAAUGGUGUACUAAAAAAAAUUACAGAUGUGACAACUUUAGAAGAAAAACGCGAUUUUACUUUCCCGCCUUUAAUUUUGAAAAAAGCUUUGGAUCGGUGCUCAGACAACUGAUUACAGUAGCCGUGCACGCGAUGUUGCGGACGUCUCAUUAGACUCGCGUUUUGGGAGAAAUAACCGGAUUUCUGCUUCAAAUUAAGGGUUUCUUCUCUGAAAAAUCGAUUAAGAAAACAGAAAACACACAUUGAUAAUAAAGAAAACACAAAUAAUCGCUAUCCCAAUCGAAACCUGUGUAAAAUCAUCAUUUUUCACUAAAAACGCUUUUUUGCGAUCAAAGUUUGCGAAUUAUACAUGAAUAGAAAGCUUUUGUGACGAAAAGAGCUUUAGUGACAACAGAAAAAAAAAAUUGAAAACUGAAAGAAACGAAGAAAAAAGCGAAAAUCCGGAAGAUAAUGAAGCCUGUUGUCCAUAGAGCAACUUUACUGCAAAGCGCCCUUUUCGCGGGAACUCAAGCUUUCCUCUCUCCGACUUUGAAUUAUUUUUUCUCCAAAACUAGAAAGUUUGGUACAUUUCCAAGUUCACCGUUCGAUUCGCAAUGAAAAGCUAUACAAAGUACUGCUUUGAACUGAAACACCGUUUUUUACUGCCCCUAUGCCUUUAACUUCCGGGAUCGCAGUAGCUUGCGAAAUCUGGAAAAAGUGUAGAAAAACUUUGAAGUUUCUUCUUUUUUUCUUCAGUCAAAUGGGGCGGCAGCUUUUGUGAUACAACAGAGUUUUGAGAAAAUCUGAAGAAAGCUGGGGCGAAAAAAUAAAAGAGAGCCUAAAUAAUUUUUUUUUUGUCAGAGCUUUUAAAUUUGAAUUGUAGGGAUUAGACUUGUUAUUUUUUUGAGUUCUCAAAAUUUUCGAAAAAUGAUCGCUUUCGAUUUCGCCUUAACAAAAAGUGUCUCGGAUUUGGUUUUCCUACCUUUUCUCAGUAUUUUCUGUUUUGAAGUAAGGCGAUUUUCGUUGAAGAAGCUUAUAUUAACUUCUCCAGUUGAAACAAACCGCAAAAUGAAAAAUAAUUUCAACUUUCAGUCGCAUUGAAUCAUUAUAAAUCACCAGAAAAAAGCGAUGAAAAUGGAAGAACAUUGUUUCGGCCUAUAUGUAGAUUCCAAACUGCUUUCUCUGUAAUGAUACUCGGUGAUUGCAUGCUCAAAAAUCACCUGUGGCUACUGUGGAUUGACAGAAGUGAGCGGUUAUUUAUGCCGAGCGGGUUCUCUCCAAACGAUGAAAUGAUUUCAAGUGUGGAGCAGUUGGCAGGGUCCCCGUUUGCUCCUUUGUCGUUCUUCCCACGCAUCUGCCUCACCGGAGGCGAAAAAAAGAACCUUUUGCUAGCCUUUACCUAUUAAACCUGGCAAAGCCGAGAGCCUUCUCCACCUAGUGUUCUGUUUACUGGAGAGCUACCUGGUUGUUUCCAUCCUUUGCCAUUUUUUCGAAUAUUUUCUGAGUUUGAGAUGGUUAAGUUGAUUGAUCAAAAACUUGAUUUGGCUGUUGAGGGUUCAUUCAUUAAUUGAGGCUUUACUGAAAAUAAAAAAUAAUUUUCGAAUCAUAAUUUUCAUAUUUCGGAGCCUUACACCAAAGUUCUGUGAAUCGAUCCAAAAAAAUCAUUUUUUUAAUUUCUGUUAUAAACUGAUUUUUCUUAGACGUUGAUAGUUUUCUGAAAUCAGCUCAAAAACAAUUCCAAUUCUUACUAAGGAAAUGUUGUGAGUGCAUCAAUCGCGAGCCUUUAAAAUACGCAUUUAUUUGACCUCUUAUCUUUUUUCGUUAAAACACUUGAUUGGUUGAUUGAUAGAUUAACUUCUCUUUUAGGCUUUUUCGCUCCUUUCAAUACUUUUUUCCUAUUCUACAAACAUUUUGGUCUCACAGUGUUGUAGUUUUUUGCGAUAGAUUUAAAAUAUGUAAUUAUCUUGGCCUAAUUUUCGAAUGGGGAUUGAAAAUUUGUCUUUCGUUGACAGUUUCACUUCUACCUUUACAAUGAUUGCUUCAAAUUUUCAAAUGUACUCCAAAAGUGCAAGACAAACUGUUGUUUGAGUCGUUCUCAAUGCAGCUCGAAGGUCUUUGGAAAUGUAUGUUUUCUCCAGCUUCUAACAAAUGAGCCGCCAUUUGGCCCCGAGAUUUGUCACAAUUUCUUUCGUCCCACAUCUUUCCAACUUCUUUUUUCUCGGUAUUUUAUGACUACGGUAGUUGCCAGCUGGGCUCUACUGGGGCUUCGGAAAGAAAGGAAUAUUUUUGCAGGUCGAGAGCGCCGCUCGAAUAGAGGUUUAUCCACUAAGCGUUCCAGAAGACCGAAAGAAGGAGAAGCAACUUCAAGAACAGCAAGAGGUACGUAUCUGAGCGUUUUACCAGAAUAAUAUGUUCAAACUGAAAAUCACUAAAACAAAAUUCAAGUUGUUAAUGAAGAGGAUGAUUUCUGACAAUCUGUUAUUUUGUUCAAUCUUUCAUCGAAUACAAACACAUCCUAAAAGACUGUUUUUGCCCUCACCUGAUGUAUAAAGUUUUCUAAAACGUUGAAUUUUAUUUUGAAAAUGUUCGAAAAUUGAGUGACAAACUUUUUAAACAGUAUUCUUAUUUUGAACUUUAUGAAAGAUUUAAAUUUUAACACAAAGGUAGUGAGUCGAAAUACGUGAAUAAAAGUCUCUUUUUUUCUUCUGAAAGAGAGGUUAGGAGUUUUGGUUUUAUAAAAAUCUGUUUCUGGAUCAGGUGUUAAGUCAAGCAAUAAAGAAAGCAAUAUUCUGAAUAUUUUAUGGAAUAUUUCCAUCGUACGAAAACUUUAAUAAACGUUUAAAAGUGUUUUCAAGAGAUUUUAAAAUUUUCAAAAUAUAUUUUCGAUUGUUUUUACUCCCGCUUUUAUAUGUUAAACAACUGUUCUGCCGUUGGUUAUCUAUGUUAACCGGGCGAACACCUGUGACGAACUUUUUUGUGCCCUCGGGACACUUGGUCAUCGCCCAAAGGUCUCAGUUUUCAACCGGCGCGACUCGCCGUUUUCUUAAGAUUUUUGGACGCGGAAAACAGCCGCCAACAACGAUGCAUCCUGUUUUUCACGGAAAUUUAUUCUUUGAUCGUUUCUGGUCUCAAGAAAAAAUGAAAUAAAAAUGGCACGAUCAAAAAUUAUUGGAAAAAAAGGGAGAAGGGCUAGAUUAUUUUGCGCUCCCUGGCUGGUCGAUUUGUUUGAAGACUGAACAUUUAAUAUUUUUAGGAGUCAAUAACUUUAAGUGCUUCCUUUUUAAAACCCUUCUGGAUAAAAAAUCAUCUGUUAAACGUAAUUUCUCUGAAAUAUCUCAUCAAGAAAGUUUUUUUUUGAGAAGAAUUAGGUUGAUUUUUUUGGGCUUCUGGGCUAUCCAGGUUGAACGAAAAACCGAAUUUUUUUGGAGCAGUGAUCGUUCUCACUUUUUUUACAACUUCUGAAAGAAAAAAAUUUUUUUAAAUCUAAAAUGACUAUUGAGUGGACGUUUGCUCGCUCAAAACCCGUUUUCUCGUCUCUUUUUAUUUCUACGAGCUCAUUUCUCACUCGGCAUUAAUUUUUUUCAGAAACAUUAUUAUUAUUCUUCUCGCAGCUUAUAAAAAAAUAAAAAAAGUAACUAUAAAAUUGAUGGUGCGGCGAAUGCCGACUGACAGAUCCAUGCAAAAACGAAUUGGAGUUUGAUGGGAGCCCGCGUAGGUGUAAAGCGGGAGACCAACUGCACGCAGUUGAGGUGUAACUCUCCAGGUGCCGAACAGACUAUUUUGCCUCGACGACUUUUUUAUUCCGUUGUUUUUCUCACCCCGCCACAUCAAGAUAAUUGUUUAAUAAACGCUUUGCAGUACCAGAGACAGCAGCAACUCCGGUACGAAGCUGCUCUCGAGCGGGAGCUUCAGGAGCGCAAAGCACGUGAGAUCGAAAAUCGGAAGAUCCGCGAGGAGCAGCAGCGGCUCCAGGAGCUUUUCGAAAGAGAACGAGCCGAACGAGAACGUCUCGAGGCGGAGAGACGUCAGUUGGAGCGCGAGAAACGUCUGCGGCAGCAACAGGUCCUCCAGAAUUGAGCUAAGUUCUGAAUUUGUCCGUUUAGCAGACGCAACCGCACACCCUACAGUACCAAGCACCGCUUAACGAACCUCAGCAUUAUUCUCAACCGCAGCUAAGUCCCAACUGGAGGGGAUUAGAACAAGGUUAGCAAGAGUAAAGUUGCAUCGAAAAGUUAUGAUUCCUUUCGAUAAUAAUCAUACGUUUAUCAACUGCUAUCAAUAAAAAAUAAUAGCGAAUCGGAUUAUGUACAAGAAACAGUUGAAUAUCCAGCUACGGGAAACUCUUGCAGUAGACCGCCCUCAGUACUACCAGCAGGUGACGUCGGAGCAGCACCGACAGUCCCAGAACAUCCAACACCAGCCUCAGCAACAGCACUACGCUCAAGUUCAACGACAACCUCAGCAGCAACAGGUCGCCGUUGAAUCCCAUCAACAGCGUUACGAACAGCACCGAAAGCAGCAGCAAACCCAAAACAAAGUUCGUUUCUGAUCGAAGAAUAACUCAAAAAGAUGUAGGACUUCUAUCCGGGACAGUACCAGCAGCAGCAGUACUAUUCCGACCUUCAACAAGGCUUCCAUCGAUUCAAUCAGUAUCAGCAGCACCUGAGAGACCAAAACUACGCCAACAUGCCUGUUUUCAAGCGUGUCGCUCCUCAGGUUUGGUUUCGAGAAAUUUGUAGUUGGAUUAAUUUCAUUUUGAAGAAAAAAAAUAUUCUUGAAGAGCCUCUGAAGCGACUGUAAUGAUCUGCUUGAAAUUCUUCGAGAACUCAUACCUUUUAGAGAAGAUUGAUUUGAAGUUUCUGAAAAAAAAGCUUGUAAUCCGGAAAAAAUAAAAAAAAACUUUAACCAGACUUGCUCUCUGGACUUGAGGUAGCUAUAAUAAUUAGGAACUUCAUUAUUUUUUCCAUCAAAGAUUUCUGUGUUUCGUAUAAACUUCUCAAUUUCAAAAUUAGCAUUUUUGAUGGAUUUUCGAAUAAUUGGUCAAUAGAAAGUUAAUUUCUUCAAACGGUCGAUAUAAAUUUCUUGUUUAUACAGUUUUUUUUCCUGAAAAAAUAAUUUUUCAUCAGCAGUUCAUGAAUUCCAGAACCAACAGCAGCAAGACCAGCAGCCCCCACAGAAGCAGGCGAAGGCGAACGGCAGCGUCGCCAACGGAAGCGUCGCCAACGGCUCGGCAGCAAACGGAGUCGUCCCCGGCCGCGGACAUGAACACGGAGCAGCUCUCGUGAACGCGCGACCCCCGCAGCUGGUCGUUCAGCCACAGUCCGUCUCCGCCAAGGCCGGCGAGACCGUCAUCUUCAACGCCAAGGUCUCGGCGUUCCCUUCAACUGAAACUCGCACUUCGAAAACCGUUCAGGGGAAGUAGCUGUGAAGUCAGGCGACAUUUACGGUUUAAACAUAUACGAUCCAUCAAUUCGGAUGGUCGGGAAUGACAAGUCAUUGUACAUUGCGAUUAUUAGGGGCCAAAGCUAGGGAAUGCCCCAGUUUUUGCUGUUUUCAUGGUUUUCUUAGCGUUUGAGAUGUUCUUUCUCGAAAAGUACAGUAGAGAACCCAUGUGAAAAAUGCAAAAAGUUCGAGUUCAUUCAAACUGGAAAAGAGCUCUGUAUUUUUAGAAGGGUUUCUUUUGAAACCCUGAUUUUGCUUCGUUUCUACUGAUCCUUUUUUUCUCAAAAUCUUUGAUUAUUUCUUUUUUUUUUUCUCAAAGAGUGAUUUGAGUCCAAGGCUGGAAAAUAUUCACUGAACGAGAUGUGAAAUCGACACGAAAAGCGUCUCAGACUUAAAAAACCAUUCAAAAUUAAAUUUUCUAGACUGCCGGCACGCCUGCUCCUUCUAUGCAGUGGUUGAGAUCCGAUGGAAAUCCCAUUCAAUCAGGCGGAAAAUAUCGCGUCGAAGAUUCUGGCGACGGCAGCAGUCGCUUCAUUAUCGAAAAAGUUGAUAAUUCUACACGUUUUUUCAGAAAUUCAUGAAGAUUUACAGGCGGAUGCUCACGACGCCGACAUGUACUCCUUGAUUGCCAGGAACCCCGGCGGCUCAGUUCAAAGCCGAUUUUCUCUCAAUGUCUUACGUCUGUCUUCUGAACGUUUCUAGUCUCUAUUUUCGAGUUGCAGAAGCGAAAUCCCCGGAAGCGCCCGAAUUCGUCGGCAAAUUCCAAUCCAGCACCCUCUAUGAGGGCGAUUCAGUUAAACUGUACUGCAAAGUAGGAUUUUAUAACUCUUUUCCCAAUAAUAAUAGAAAUAAUGAAAACGUUUCAGGCAUCUGGAGAAAGUGUGACUUUCAAAUGGUUCAAAGAAAACGAGGAGAUCUCAACGGGAGGACCAUUUUCGUGAGUUUCUGAACAAAAAGUUCGAAAAAUUGAUGAUUUUUGUAAAGAAAAGCUCCUUUUGUGAUCUAUCAAUAACUUAGUAAAAAGGCGACGCUGGGGCUUUUUUUGUUGACUUUUUGGGUUGAUUUUCAUGAAUUCUUUCAUUUUUCCUUCGAAAGUUUUUCAGAGUUGAGUCGAAAAACAACGAGACGACGCUUCACAUCCAGAGCGCGAGUCUGAACGAGACCGGCUGGUACCGAUGCGAUGCCUCCAACAAACAUGGCACUACUGUCCUUAAAGUCAGCUUUUAAGAGAAAAACUUGGAAAAUCAGUGAUUUAAUCAAUGGAUAUGUUGUUAUCUUUGUUUUCACACUAUAUAACUUUCUAUUGGUAUGCAAAAGACAAGAAAUUUCAUCAAUCCGAUUUUCUAUUACGAGCUUUAUGAAGUCCUCCAUCAGCUAACUGAUAAUCGUAAGAAGUAGAAUAAGAGUAGGGAAUUUUCAGAAAAACUUUUGUUUUUGAUUCCCAACUUCGAAGACUUGGUUCAAAGUUUGAGACAGUUUCUUCAAAUUUUUCUUCGAAUGGACUGCAAAAAGACUUCCUGCUCUGUAGCACAUAUAUUUAAGAUAUUAUGGGUGUCAUUUUACGAAAUGAUUUCCCUUAAAAGCAUAAUUCUCUUUGAAAAAUUCCUCAAAAAGAGAAACUUCUCAAAUAAAUUCUUCUAAAAAUCCAGCAAAAACUGAACCUUAAUGAGUUUCUCUAAGUAUUUUUAUCAUUUUCGAAAAAUUUAUCAUUUUGUUGAGAACGAUGUAGACAAUGCGAACUUCUUUUCAAAUCGUAUAAGGAAGUUUAUCCGUAAGAAAAAGAAUUUUUCAGGGACGAAUCGUCGUUCAAAGCCGCCAGAAGGUGACUGGUCCAGUACAUCGGGAACAAAUCACUCUUCGGAAGGUUGAUCAGUUCAGAUCGAGGUUUUAGAUCGGAAAGGAACUUUUCAAAAAUAAAAUGUUCUCCAGAACUCCUGUCAACAUGUUGCAAGACGCAUCAGCCUCGAAAUCCGCGCCGACCUUCGAGGGACAACUUCAGGCGGCGUCGCUGAUCGAGGGACAGUCGGCACGGCUUGAGAUCAAGUACACGCCUUCGGAGGACCCGAACCUCCGUGUACGAUUUCUUUCAAGUUUAAAAGUUCGAAACCAUACGGGAAACUAAAUUCUUUUAUCUCGCAACUGAUACGUUUGGCAAGGAAAAGUAGUUGUUAAAGCAGGUGAUUUAUUAUAUAAGCGUACGAAGAAAUCAUCAGAUGUACUAGGAUUGUCUUGUAAACGGGGUGUUUGAAAAAUUUUUCCAAAAUUCUACUCGACGAAGUCUUCAGAGAAUUUUGGUCAUAAUUUUUUAACCAGUCUGACUUUUUUCUGCAUAUAUCUCAGGCUCCAACUUCUGUCGUUUUCUCGAACCGAGAGCGAACAUUAAAUCUUACUUCCAUUUUCUUUUUUUCAUUCUCCUGAAUUACUCAUUUCAGCAUGCUCUUUUCGAAAAAGACAGACCUGUCUUGGGUCUUAAUAUUUCCUACAUACCUCCGAUCAAAUGAACUUCUGCAGGUCGCCUGGCUGCUCAACGGCAAGGCGAUCCUGGCCUCUUCCCGAAUCGUCACCCUCACCGACUUCGGAAUCGCCGCCUUAGAGAUCAACCCCGUGUCGGUGUUCGACCAGGGAGAGUACACGGUCGUCGCCGUCAACCCUCUCGGAGAAGCCCGCGCCUCGGCACGUCUUCAGGUCGUCGGACACGGCAGCUACAACCAGCCGACGCUUGGAAACAGCUUCGGAAGUGUCUAUCAAUCCCGUGGACCACAGCCGCCUCCGGGCAUUCAGCUUGGUCAGAUUUUAGAUUAAAGAUUUUUUUUUUCUGAACAUAAUCUUUUUUUUAUUGUUCCUUCUGAAUUGAAAAACGCAUUUUGUUUCCUUCUUACACACAUUUUUUUCUUAGUAUGUACAGUACCGUCCAAAAAGAGAUCAACCCUAACGUUUUUCGCCAAAAAUUUUUUUCAAAUUUUGGAGUGCUUUCAAAAAAAAAAGGUUUUGUGUGUCAUUUUCACGCGGGUUUGCCGAUCUUGCAAAAAACCGGAUUUUUUCGAAAAUUCAUAAAAAUUUUUUUUUAUUGUGGUAAAUUUUUUGAUGGUCUGAAAAGCUGUUGGACAGUUUGAUACACCGGAUUUGAUAAUAUAUCCAAUUUUCGUUGAGAUUCUCUAACUUUAAAGAGAGUUAUGGCAGAAAACCUCAGGGUUGAUUUCUUUUUGGACGAUACUGUAUUCAGUUCAACUCUGCAACUUCAGACCUUCCAAAUUUCCAUUCGGAUCUCCGGAGCCAAGAACUCUUCGAAGGACAGCCGAUCCAUUUGGAAACAAAACUCACGCCGAUCAAUGACCAGACCUUGCAGACCGUCUGGUACCUCAACGGCCGAGAACUCAUCAAAAGUAGGAAUUCUUUGCUUCCUCAGAACUCGAGAACUAAGUUUAGACGACCGAUACCGUCAAUCGUUGGUCCAUGGCUUUGCCACUCUCGACAUCGCCCAAGCCACUCGCGAUGACAGCGGUUAUUAUACCUGCCGAGCCAUCAACAAACUCGGAGAAGCUGAAAAUCAAGCCACCGUCAUUGUCCAUCGUGAGCUAUUUCCUUCAAGUUAUGGAAAAAACGUCUUUUUUCCAGCAAAAGUUGAACUGCACCAGUUCGAGCAGAACCGUCAUUUGGAUGUAGAAGAUGUCCGAGAGAUUCAGUAUUCAAACUCUAUCCAAGAUCUCACUCCCAAGUUCUUGUCCCAGGUUCGAAAGUUUUGAAAUUGAAAGAGAAAUUAGAGAAUUAUCGAUUGUAUGGCAAUUAUAACCUUUAGAAGAUUUCACCUUGAUCUAACCGAAGAGAAAUGAAUAAAUUCCAGUUGAAACCAUUCCACUGCGACCAGGAGCUCGGGCGCUCGAUUUUCGAGGCUCGAAUCCAGCCCAUAAACGAUCCUUCGCUGAGAGUUUCGUGGCUCAAAGACGGCCAUGCCCUUCCCAACGCCAACAGAAUCCAGGUUUGUGAAACCUUCAAGUCAUCGAUCAUUCACUGAUUCGAUUGAGAUCUUCCAAAACUUUGGAGUCGUCUCUUUGUCUCUCCAUCCGACGUACCCGGAAGAUGCCGGCGUCUACACCUGCGUUCUGUUCAAUGCUCAUGGACAGGUAUUAUGAAGAAAAAUUCGAAGAAAUGUCAGGAUUACUAAAUCCCAGAAAACAAAUAGUCAGAGUUGGAGAUUUGUGAAAAAAAAUUAAAAAAAUUGUUCUCAGAGUUUUACUACUGUUGUGCUCGCUUUUCGCAUACAUAUUUUUAGAUACCCAUUCUAUCAAAAUCAUUGAAAACAAGACAAAAUUUCAGGCUCAAUCAUCGGCCGAGCUGACGACGGUGUGGGUGGACACACUUCAGCUGGACACGAAACACGCCGAAAGUCUGCCCAUAAUCGGCUACCUGGACAGCCAUCAGGUCCACAUCGGACCUCAGGCUGUCGAUCGGCCUGAGGAGUUCCAUUCCCUCGAAGCGCCGCGAUUCGCCAGAACUCUUUCCGACAGAAUCGAGGUAGAGCCGGGCUCCUACCAACAAAUAUCAGCUUUUCAUAGGUGACCGAAAACGAGCCGGUCCACUUUGAGGCAAGGAUUCAGCCUGCUAGUGACGUCAAAAUGACGGUCGAAUGGUAAGAAUCGGACAUUUGAUAUGAAACUUGAAAAAGUUGAGAAAAAUUAGUUUGCUUAUUUUGAAAGUCAAAUGGCCACAAAAAAAACCUUUUCCCUUUUUUUUUGUCACUUUUAUGGCAGAUUUUCAAUUUUUUAACAUGUUUUCUGAACUUGAAAGGUUUUUUUUGCUUUUUUUUGGUUAUUUCUUGAAUAAAAGUCAUUUUAUAUGAGAAUUUUUAUGAGCCGAAGAGCUACAAAGUUUCAUUUUUCCACUAAAAAGGAUUAUUUUCAUCAAGGUCUCUUUAUUUUCAGUUAUAAAUUUAAAUAAAAAAACAGUAAUCCUAAUAAUUUUACAAAUUUUUUUCAAAAUUUUUUUUCUUGUCGGAUAUUUUUCCGCUUCAAGGUGAAUAUCCAAUAAAAAAACUAUACUUUUAGAUAUAUUUUAGAACUGUUUUUUUCUCUUUUUUUUUCCUUUUUUCUUGAACUGAUACCUGAUAUUUUUGAGGUGAUUAUGAUGAAAUUUUCAAGGUACCACAACGGAGCGCCACUCCCGGCCGCCCAUCGGUUCCGUCCGAUGUUCGACUUUGGUUACGUCGCUUUGGACAUUCUCUACGCCUACCCAGAAGAUUCUGGAACCUACACUUUGGUGGCUAGAAAUGAGAUCGGCGAGGCUCAGUCUAGUGUUGAAUUGGCUGUCAACAGCGAGAAAGUCCUCUAUCUUGAGCCUCAUCAUCCAGAAGGACUCGAGAGGAUCAAGGUGAUUUAGAAAAGUUUUUCUCUUGGACUGAGACUUUUUUGCGCGGUAGAGGUUCGAAAUAGUAGGAAUUUGAGAAUCAUCAAUUGCAACAAAUGUGUUUAGAGUUUUCAAAACAAUACCUUAGAAUUGAAGUUUUUAUCCUGAUAAUCAAGCACAAAUAUUGUAAUUACAACCAGUUGGACAGCAUUUCUUUCCCUUGCAAUCUGCGUCGUUUGUGCACCAGCUAACCGGUGAAAACACCUGAAUUUGUUGGGAAACCAAGAGAGUCUUUGGAAUUUUGUGAAUACCUUGCAUUUGUAGUUCAUUUGGCUGGGAGUUGGACAGGUGCCAGGUAAAGGGCGGCAGCAUCGUUGCGAUUGUAGGUCCAGACAUACCUGAUAAUUUUUUCAGAAGCUUCCAGCCAAUUUGCAAUACACUUGCUGGGUUAAUAAUAAGAUUUUCCGAGUCAAGCCAUGAAGAAGGGCUAUGGAGAAAAAAUUUCUAUAUCACUACCUAUUUUUGGUGAAAAAAAAACCAGCUUUCGCAAAAAGGAGUCAAAAAAAUCAGUUGCUAUCAAAGUUAUUAAUCAUGGAAGAAAUAAAAAUAGAAAAUAGCCAACUAAUAAGCAAUUUUUCGAAAUCGAAAAUCGUGAACUCACAAUGCCUGAAGCGCAUUUAUCUGUUUCCACACAAGAUGCUUGGAAGAAUUUGAGCCGACAAGCAGGAAGACCUACUGAAAUUCUUAUUCAAUCAACAAAUUCCGAAAAAAGUCGGUUACUCUCAAAAGACGAAGCUUGUUUGUCGACAGAGAAGUCGUCGUUUUGCUGAUCUUCUUCUUGGCACUCUUCCCGCUGGACUCCUAAUGCUUUCCAAUAAUCACAUAUGGGAAUCGUUUUCUCUAAAAACCGACUGGAAUCAAAACACGUUCAAAAUUCAAUAAUUACGUUGUCGAGUUUCGGCGGGAAGGUGGUAAAUAUUAGGAUCAUCGGUAAAUGGAAGCCAAACUUUCGGUUGACUCAAGCGGUUUUGGUAUAGGAAUACGUUGGCUGAAGCGAUAUGUAGGAUAGAAAGUGAUAUCAGAGCAGCUGUUAUCAUCGGUAACCGAUCUGUAGCCUAGAAUAAAGACUAAUGAGUGCGCGAAUAUUUGGCUCCGUGAUAUUUGGAGCUCGAGUGGCCGUCAAAUGUGUACAUUGUCUUGUUGACAGGUCACUUCCGUUUCAGGCCAUAGGUCUGAUCAUUUUUCAAAACUUCAUAAUUUUUGAUGAUACUUUGAUUUUUUUAUGACCUUUAGUUUUGUCAGACUAAUAAUGAGAUAUUUUUGUUUAAAUUUAGACUGUUUUACUUUGAGAAAAAAAACUUUUGAUGUACCAAAAAGGCUCUGGAAGUCUUUACUUACAAAAUUUUCAAUUUGCGAAUAGUUUCUGAAUCCUAACCUAGAUUUUCAUGAUUUUUGCCAAGUUCGAGAGUGAAUGACGAAGAAAAAGAAAAAUCCAUAUUUCCCAAAUUAUUUGGGUCUUUGAAAUAGUUACUUCUCAGGAGCUCGAACAAGAUCGACGACAAGGCAUCGCGGAAGUUGAAGACCGUGUCUGCGACUCGGCUCCCAAGUUCCUCAACGACUUCAAUGAUCUCGAGCUCAACGAACAUGAGAAUAUUCAUCUUGACCUUCGAGUUCGAACUUCGAAGUUCAUUUGGCAUUAAUGGGAAUCGAUUUAGGUCACUCCUGUCAAUGACCCAACGAUGCAAAUCGAAUGGUUCGUCAACGGACGGCCGCUGACCACCGGAAGUCGCGUGAAAACGCUCUACGAGUUCGGGUUCGUGGCCCUCGACAUCAAGGGAGCCAUUUCCGAGGAUUCCGGAACCUACUCGGUCCGAGCCAGCAACGCCCUCGGAGAAGCCAUCCGACAGUGUUUCAUCAAAGUUCAUCGUGAGUUUAGAGAGUAUUUUCGGUUUUUUUUUGAACAUUCAAACUAUAGAAAAAUCCUAGUUUGAAAGCAUUCUGAAAAAUAAAAAUUUAAGCUGAGGGGGAGGGGGAAUAUCCAAUUCCUAAAAGUUUAUGAAGGAAUAAUUUCGAUUUCAGCCGCUGGACACAUUCUGUCCGAAACUCAACAUGAGGAGUCCCUUGGGAAGAUCAACUACCUCGAAAACCUCAACAAGUACGGCAGAGCCGAAAUCGAAGAACGCGGCCCCGACAUGGCACCAGUCUUCGUAGUCCCGCUGCAGAACGACGUCGGCGAAGUGGAAGAAGGCGAACCGAUCCAUCUCGAGUGCCAGGUGAAGCCGAUCAACGACAACACUCUUAAAGUCACCUGGCUUCGAAACGGUGCUCCCAUUCCUCAUGGUAGAAAACUGCUCCGAAAUUAAAAUGAAGUUUUGAAAUAGGUCACCGUUUCCGCACGUUCUACGACUUCGGAUUUGUGUCUUUGGACGUCUUGGGAUUCUACGCUCAGGACAGCGGAACCUACACUUGCAGAGCCGAAAACAUCCUCGGAUCCGUGGAAACAACCACCAAUAUCAGAUGCGCUCGUGAGUUGUAUCAAAACAUGGAUAGACUUAUUUCGAGUUCAAAAGCUUGAUCUUUUUUGAAUGGUUUUAUAAGAGGUGCAAAUUGGCUCUUUGAGAGUUUGUUGGGUUUUUGCUGUUAUGUUAAUUUUAGUCGGUUGAGUUUUUGCAAAUUAUGAAAGCGAUUUCACUAAUCUCUGCGAUUUUUGAAAUUUAGAGAAAGUUCUCUGUUCGGAUAGGUGUUCAUUAAAAGUGCUCCGAAAAAGUUUUUUGCAUCAAGUCGGCGAGAAAAAUAGCUAAAUGCUGUAAUUUGUUGCUUGAUCCAUAGUACUUUUCGAAGUUCGGUAAUUUCAAACAGUUCUCAAGAAAGGUCCAUUUGCACUUGUCAGUCAGAAAUAAACGAGCGGAACACAAAGACGAGCUUCCGUCGAGCAUUCAUUACCUGUGGCGUCCCCCCUGAUUCAUGGUUAUUUACCUUCUGAAACUUGCGUAGUUGCGGCGGCGCCGACGCGCCCACCUAACACGAAUCAAGCUGCUUUUCUGCCCCGUUGUUGUUCUUUCGACUUAUUUUCCUUGGCGCACUUGGGGUUCAGCUACGCUUUUUGUGUCGUGCCUCUGACCCAUGAACCGUCACCAGAAUCAGUAUUAUCCGCCGUCGAUCCGAGUCAAUCCUCCGACGCCUCGAGGAUCUUCAGAACAACCUUCCUUUUCACCAGUUCGACCAGAAUAUUAUGGGCGGAUGCCAUUUGGUCAUGGCGCUAAUGGACACAAAAUGCUUGGGCCCAAGUCCCAAUCUUCCUCUGCGCUAUCUGAAUUCGCUAGCUUGGGAUCAGCGCUAGCUGGACAGCCGCGAAAAAGAUUCAAUGAUACGUCGUCGAUGCGACUGCUGAACCUUUCCAAUUCAGCCAAAGACGCGAUUCUCGGAGGAGUCCAGCAUCCGCGAAGUUACGCCAGAAUCCAGGAGAUUGAGGCCCCUAAACCGAAGCCGCAAGAGGUUCCUGACCUUCCUCAACAGGUGGGGAUUAUGAAUCGUUAGAAACUGUUUAAUUUUUUGUUUUUCUGAAAAAUUUCCUAGCGUUUUUUCCUUUUUUUGUGAUAUGAAAAGUGAUUUAUUUCUUUCUAGAGAUCUUUUAUAUAUAUUUUUUCUUGUCCUUUCCGUUGGUCAAGUUCAAUGGAAAAGUGGAAUCAGAAAUGUUGCAAACUUUCGGAAAUCGCAACUGUUUUAUGAAGAAUUUUCCAGGUGCCGCAAUUCGUGAAGCAACUGGGACCCGCCAUCAACUGUAUGGAGGGAGACAGCGUCUACUUGGAAGCCCAAGUAACCCCCACCGACGACAAUUCUCUCACGGUUGGGAUUUUUCUGUAAUUUUCAGUAUUUCUCCGUUUUUUUUCGCCAUAUUCUGUCCUUGUUUAUGUACAGGAUGAGUCGUAAAAAAAUUAAGCAGUCAAACAUUUGAAUUCUUUUUUUUAAUUCUCUCAUUUUUUUUGAAAAAAAUAUCUCAUUAAAAAGUACAGUUACUUUCAAUUCUUCACAAAAGUUUCAAAUUUUUCUUCGAAAGCUUUUAGAAAACUUUUUGUUCUCGAAAAUAAGUUUAGAUUUUCGAAAAUUUAUGAAAUAAAAUGUUUUUUUUUCUAUUCAUAAAUAUUUGUGAAGGGAAUUAGCUUGAAAAGUAUGCUUUAUCGAUUUGAAAUGAACUUGAAGUUUUUUUCGCUUUCGAAGCCGUUCAUCCAAUUUCAAUUCCUUAAUCUACGGUCAGAACCGUUUUUUUUUCUCGUUGAGAUUCAUCUCUUGAAAGGAUAAUAAUAACUUCGACUUCAGUACGAAUGGCUGGUGAACGGUUCGCCGUUGAUGAAGGCCCAUCGAUUUGUCUUGUCGCAGGACUUUGGCUACAUCGCCCUCAAUAUCCUCUACUGCUACCCGGAGGACAAUGGAACCUACACCCUCAUUGUUAGGUUCGCGCUAGAAAGUUGCAGCGAAAUAGUUUUAAAAAAAGCAGAUUGAAAAUAGCAUCUCAUUUUCUAUUAGAAAACCUGGAGUGAGUCAGAAAUUAUUUUUUUUUUCAGAAAUGCUGCCGGCGAAGCUCAAUCUAGCGUUGAUAUCAAUUGCGGAAUGGUUGGCGGAAAUGUGAGUUUUUUUUCAGAAUUGGAUAGUUGAAGUGAAUUUCAUGAGUUAAUCGCAAAUUUGUCAAUAUUUUGAGGAACUCCCUGAUUUAAAUGAAAAGUUGUUUUCCUAUACUUCUUAAAAAAAUUGAUUUUUGGGGGUUUUUUUGGUUUUUUUCUCUAGCUGAAAUUUUCGAAAUGAAUGAAACGGAUAAACCUGACAAGCAUCCAAUGAUUUUAUAGAUAAAAAGGUUUGGUAGACCUUAAAUUGAGAUCUUUAUUCGAAUAUAACUGAAUUAUUGUUCAGCUUACGGAUUCCUUCCAUCCCAACUCGUUGCACCGCAUCGCCGAGCUCGAAACUCCGCUUCAAAGAGCCGAACCCGCGGCCGACAAGCCCAAGGAGAAGCCGACGGUUCUCAAGGCCUUGCCGCCGACUUUCGAUGUCGUCCACGAGUCUCAGACGCUCCAUCUCGAGGCCCAAGUCACUCCCAUCGACGACAACACCUUGAGAGUUUAUCCUCCAUGAAAAGUCCCCUCCAUUGAGAUUGUUUCCAGUACGAAUGGCUCUUCAACGGAAACCCACUGAAGGCUUCAAGUCGUUACCGUGUCCUCAACGACUUCGGAUUCGUCUCUCUCGACAUUGACUACGUAAUUGCGGAGGAUGCCGGAAAGUAUACCCUGGCCGUUUCCAACUCGGAAGGUAUAACAUUUGUUUUCUUUUGUCGAAAAGUUAGAGCUUUUGUUUUACAAGAACAAGGGAGGUUAUUUUAGUCUGCAGUUUGAAAUUUUGUGCAAUUUCGCUUCAAACUUCUUUGAAGGCCUGUAUUCAGAUCUCUUUUGGGAAAUACCUACGCAAACUUAGUUAUGUUUCCAACUCGGAAUGUAUAACUAGUUAUGAAGUCUUAGGGUUCGAGUUUGACUAGGCCCAUUUUUUCCAUGAUCAAACCUUUUUUCCAAUUGUAAAACUUCAAAUCUCAAUAACGAAAAUUUUGCGCAGGUAGCGAGUAUGAAAAAGAGCUUUUCCUGGACCUUCAGUAGAGCAUUUUUUCAGGAAAUUCCACACUUCACAAAAAUUGCCUCCCUCGUUAGGAGAACUAGACGUUUCAGUCAUUUUGUUGGAAAAGAAAACCUGAAAAAUGAAUGUUAUCUUAAUUUGGAAUUCAUGCUACAGCUGCCUUUUCUGGAGUUUUCCAACUUCUACAAAAACCAUUCCAGGACGUGCCGAAACAUCCUGCGAGUUCCAAGUGGAACGUCUGAAGUCGAUCCUGUCGGAUACGUCUCAUCCGGAGUCUCUCCGGCGCAUCCAGGAGAUGGAACAACUCCAGCCGGCCAAGCCCAGUGACGACGACGCUCCUCUUCAGCCUCCAGUCUUCACCCAGCCGCUUUCCGGACCUUCUGAAGUCCUGAAGGAAGGCCAGAGUGUCCACAUGGACUGCGUCAUUCAGCCAAUCAACGAUCCUUCUCUCAAGGUUUUUGAGCUGUUCAAAACUUUAAAAAAAACCAAAUUUCAGAUCGAAUGGUUCUGCGAAGGACGACCUCUGAUGUUUGGUUCGCGGAUCAGAACUAUCCACGAUUUUGGAUACGUCGGCUUGGAGUUCCUGCACAUUCACCCAGAAGACACUGGAACCUACGUCUGUCGUGCCACCAACGCGGCUGGAGAAGCAACGACGGAACUUCGGUUGGAUUGCCGUCCGCGCCGCAACAUCUACCUGGACUCCCACCACGAAUCCUCCUGGCAAAAGAUUCAAGAGAUGGAGAACCGCGUCGACGAACGAGAGCCGACGCCGGAGAUGACCUUUCAGCCGCCGACCUUCACAGAGACCCUCAAGGACAUCGACAGCUCAAACGAAGGAGAAGCCGUCCGACUCGACUGUCGUCUGAUCCCCGUCAACGACCCAACUCUCAAGGUCUACUGGACGAGAAACGGCAAUCCUUUGCCCGAGGCGUCCCGAUUCAUGCCGGCGCGCAACUUCGACUACGUCAACCUCGACAUUCUCGCUCUUUAUGGAGAGGAUUCUGGUGUCUACACUUGCAAGGUGACUUGAACGUAGAUGGUUUAGAUCAACUACUCUUCACAGUAAAUAAGGCAAUUUUUGUAUUUUAUCAGAUCAUUUUUUUCUCUGUUCAAAUGCAUGGAAAAAAAUUCCUAUAAAAAAAUUGAUCUUGAUCAGGAAUUUUUCGAGUUCAAAAUUUCAUUUUCCAUGUUUUUCGAGUUUUAUGAAAACUGUGAAAGUCUCGGUUUUAACGUUUCCUUACGAAGUUGAAUAGAUUUAGAAAAUUAGGAGAGUUUGAAAAAAUCGACGACGAAAAUUCACAAACUAUUCCUUUACCGGAUUGAGUUAUAACCUCUUUUUCUCGGAAUAAAUAAUUUAUUUGCUUGAGGCCGUGUCCGCUUUCGGUGAAGCCGCGACGUCGUGUACUGUCAAGUGCGCUUCGGCGAAGUCGCUCUUGCUCGACACGAUGCACGAAGCUUCUUGGAAUCGCGUUCAGGAGAUCGAGAACCGCGAAAAGCUAGAGCCUGUCUAUGACGAGCCGGAAAAGGUACUGAGUCAUUUCAUUCAAAUCGAUCAACGGAAAAUUACACGGAAGGAUUCCGUCUAAAGUAAAAUGAAGGAUUUUGAAUCCGCCAAGAGCUAAAAUAUUGUUAUUCGAUACGAGAUUUUUUUUUUUUUGCUUCUGUGUAGGAUAAAACAGGUGUGGCGUACUGAAGCACUGAAUUCAUUGUUACAUGUUUUAAUUGAAAAUCAAUCAUUUUUCACCUGUAUUUUUCAAGGAAACAUGGAACAACUUUAGAAUAUAAACUUUUUUCAAUUCCUAAUUAACGUAUGGCCACUGAGAUUUGUUUUGCAGGUUCCUCCGAAAUUUGUCGUUCCUCUGAACAAUUCUUUGAGAGAGCUUCAAGAAGGAACGCCGAUUCAUCUGGAAUGCCAGGUCGAGCCAACCAACGACAACGAACUCACCGUCCAAUGGUACCACAACGGUCAGCCUCUGGCGAACGGCCAUCGCUUCCGGACGACUCACGACUUCGGCUACGUCGCUCUCGACAUCCUCUACGCCUUCUCCCAGGACACUGGAGAGUGGAGUUGCGUGGCCCGAAAUCGCCUUGGAGAAGCCCAGACGAUGACGUCAUUCAACGUGUUGCCACGUGGCGUCAUCUACACCGACACGCAACACCCAGAAAGCUGGCAGAAGAUCCAGGAACUCGAGGCCCCGAAAGCCGCGCCUUUGCCUUCGGCCGACGUCGAACACGAUGCUCCGCAGUUCAUCGAACCCAUGGACAGCCUGGAGAGAAUCGAGUUCCAGCCUGCCCAUUUCCAGACCAAAGUAACGCCUGUCGCUGAUCCGAAUCUGCGAGUCCAGUGGUUCAAGGACGGUCAUCCUCUUCAGAACAGCAAUCGGUACGGCUUUUCCGAAAAAAUGUGUAUUCGAAUUUUAAGCUUUUCCUAGCUUUAAAUUUAUCACGCGUUCUCUGAGAAAGUCGAUGAAUCUGAAGCAAAAUAAAAAAAAAGUUUUUUUGAUUUGCCUCAAAAUGUGAUCACGGCUCACACACUUCUGAUUAUUUAGCAUCAGGUUCCAGGUGGCUCCGCCCUUUUUAAGAGAUACUAUAGACAGUAAGCUGAAAAAAAUUAAUUUUUUCUGUUGAGAAUUUUCAUUCAAAAAAAUGUUUGGAAAUGUAAGAAAAACACUAUUUUGAGUAUUUUUUCAGUUGCAACUUUUUUUCUAACUCGACUUCUUCGGGGAGAAAAAAAAAAUCGAAAUUUCCUCUAAAACUGCGAUUUUUCAGUUUUUGAGCCAUAGGUGUUUUUAUUUCUCGAAAAAGUCGAUAAAAAAGCUUUUUUCGCCAUUUCGCAACUCCGAUUUCAUUUGCUUGGGUGUUCAAAAAAAUUCAAAAAUUUGCUGGGUUUUCCUAAAAUCUUUUUGAACGGGCUUCCAGGUUACUUUAGCAAUUUAGAGCAGGUAAGAACGGUGAAAACGAAGAUAAGCGUGCCAAGCCUCAAAUUUGAAUAAAACUACUUAUUUCUUGCCGAAAAAGACUCCGAUUCAUGUCGAAAAGUGAUGUAGGUCUCACUGAAAAAAUUUUUUGUUAGAAUGGAAACAAAAAAAGCUGUUUUCCGAGCCUUUGUGAAAAUUCCAUUUUUGGGGUCGUCACCUUCAGGCGGUCGGAGGUCAACUGGGCCACCCCAGAGAUUUUUACCGAACUAAUUUUUCCCUAUCCAGAAAGACCUACUCUUUCAUAUACCAAAAGAUAAUGACCACAUUCGGGGGUUCCUACAGACAAAACAACGUGAAAACGGAAAAAAUCGAAAAUCGACGAAAGUCCUAAAAUUCGAAAAGUCUUGAGAAAUUUGGAAUAAAAUUUUCUUUGAGCCCUAAAAUGGUGGAGAACAUAAACGUGAGUGUUGUCUUUUGUUUCAAAACAAAAAAGAGGAAGAAGCCGUCAAAUUAGGAGAAAAAUGAUUUUUUGAAUUUUGAGCCGAUUCGAGUUGAUCACCUUCGGUCGAAUGGAGGUCAACUAUCCCACCUCAGGGAUUUGUUGUAGAACUAAUUUUUCUUGAAGAAGAAGGCCCCUAGUUUCAUAAUCAGAAAUAAAAGUCGUACCAUUGGGGGGUUCUUACUCUAGUUAUGGCUCAAAAACUAAAAAAAUCGCAGUUUUAGAGGAAAUUUCGUUUUUUUUUUCUCCCCGAAGAAGUCGAGUUAGAAAAAAAGUUGCAACUGAAAAAAAUACUCAAAAAUAGUGUUUUCUUACAUUUCCAAACAUUUUUUUGAAUGAAAAAUUCUCAACAGAAAAAAAUUAAUUUUUUUAAGCUUACUGUCUACAGUAUCUCUUAAAAAGGGCGGAGCCACCUGGAACCUGGUGCUGAAUAAUCAGAAGCACGUGUGUGAGCCGUGAUCACAUUUUGAGGCAAAUCAAAAAAAAAUUUUAUUUUGUUUUGCUUUUUAUUACUGAAAAGUCAUCGAUUUUCUCAGAGAACGUGUGUUAUAACUCUAUUUUGAUAGAAAAGCGGAGAUAGUCUCAUAUUUUCGUAGUUUCAGAGCUGGUGAUAAAGUUAGCUGAAGUAAUGAAAAACAAUUCAAACUAAAAUUCGGAGAAAAAAUUCUUUUUCAAUGGGCUUUAUCAUUUCAUCUGAAAGAUUUUGUAGCCUGUCAUCUUUUUUCAGAGCUGAAAGUUACGUUUAAAGUUUUCGGAGCUGUAAAAAAAUCGUUUUUUGCAGUUGAGAUGCAUAACCUCGUAAAACGUGAAAACAGUGGAAGCAGAAUUGAAUAGGCAAAAAAUAUUUUUUUUGAAAGUUGAGUUCUAAUUUCAUCACGAAAUCCUUGUAUAGAAAACUAUUUUUUUUAAUUUUGAGAAACACAUUUCAAAAAUGCUUUUACAGCUUCAAACUGACAUCUGACUUUGGCUACAUUGCCCUUGACAUUGCUCACACCGUUCCCGAAGACAGCGGAGUCUACUCUGUCCGCGCUUCUAAUGAUAAGGUUCCUUUUUGAGAUCAACUUUACUCAAACAUCCGAAGUUUGCAGGGAGAAGCCGAAGUCCAAGCCAAUCUUUCUGUGGUUGGCAACGCCGCCAUCAUCGGCCACACUCAACACGAGCAGAGCUGGCAGAAGAUCCAGCAGCUGGAAGCUCCGCGAGGACCUGGACAAGAGGCGCCGGAAAUCCAGCACGGUCCUCCCAAAUUCGUCAUCCAGCUUGGCAGUGCCGACGGUGUCGUCGAAGGACAGCCUUGCCAUUUCGAAGCCCAAUUCGUUCCCUUCUCGGAUCCGAAAACGGUAGACUUUCCUUUCUAGAAAGGUCGUUUCACUUUGCGGCUAGGAUCUUCCUGAAAAUCUUUUAGAGCAUUCUAUACUAUACCAGAUAAAGCAUUUCUAGAACAUCCCCUAAUGAAACUUUCGAAAUUGUCAAACAUCUUGGAUAUCAAUGCAAUAUUUUGCAGACCGUCCAAUGGUUCCUCAAUGGAAGGCCCUUGGCAGCUUCUAGCCGUCGUAUUCUGCGAAAUGACUUCGGCCUUGUUUCUCUCGAUCUUCAAUAUGUUCUCGGCGAGGAUGAGGGAGAAUACAGCGUCGUGGUGAAGAAUUCUGAAGGAGAAGAUCGAACUUCUGGAAAACUGUCCUGCACUACCAGAGCUGCGAUUCUUGGCGACACUCAGCACGAACAGAGUUGGCGACGCAUCCAAGAGCUCGAAGCUCCUCGAGCUCCGAACGCUGAGCCUGAAGGACCGGCCUACGAAAAGCCGUCCUUCAUUCAGCCUCUUCAGUCCGUUGGAGACCUUCCUGAAGGUAAACCAAAAAAAAUCGGAGUAGCAAAGUUGGAAAAUAACCAAGAGACCAGUCCUUUGUUCUCAAAAUUAAAUUUUUUAAAAAGGUCAGCGUAUUUCAAAUGACUCCGUAAAGGGUGAGUGGAUGCUAAAAACUAUUCAGCGUAAAAAAAUAGUUGAUUUUUUUUUUUUAAUAAUUCGAUUUUCACAGGUUCGAUCGCCCUUCUGGAAGCUCGUCUGAUCCCAGUCAACGAUCCCAGCCUUCGAGUUCAGUGGUUCUUUAACGACGCUCCUUUGAUGGAGUCCAACUGGAUCGCCACUAGCAACGACUUUGGCUGCGUUUCCCUCAGAAUCGCCCCGGUAUACGCUCGUCACUCUGGCGUCUAUUCCUGCAAGGCCUGGAAUGAGCAUGGCAACGCGGUCACCAGUGCCUCUGUCGCUGUACAAGGCUCUGAAGGGCUUCUUCUGGACACCGCCCAUCCGACUUCUCUGCAAAAGAUCCAGGAAUUGGAGGCCAUUGACAAGUACGCUCGCCUGGAAGCUCCUGAAAGGGAGUACACCAAGCCACAGUGGGUCCAAGGAUUCGAGAACCACGACAACGUUGGUGAAGGUGUUGCGAUCACACUUCACGGUCUGGUUGAGCCUUCUGGAGACCCGAAUCUGCAGAUCGAGUGGCUUCUCAACGGAAACCCGUUGAUGAACGCCAACCGAUUCCGUCAGGAGUACGAAUUCGGCAAUGCCAUUCUCACAAUCGUACAUGUGUUGCCACAUGACAGUGGCGUCUACACCUGUCGCGCUUACAAUUCCCAGGGAGAAGCUUCCACGUCUUCUACUGUCAAAGUAGCCGGCUAUGAGAGGAUCCUCUACGAUUCUCAACACCCAGUCUCUUGGCAGAGAAUUCAAGAGCUCGAAGCACCCAAAGAGAUUGAGGAGAUUGAAGAGGUCAUCCAGAAGGAAAAACCUCAUUUCCUCACUCAACUCGAGUCUGUGGAAGACGUGCCGGAAGGCGUCCCGCUUCACCUUGAAGCGACCUUCCAACCGGCUCGCGAUUCUGAUUUGAAGGUGUUCUGGCAGAAGAACGGAGCUCCUCUCGGAGCAUCUCAACUCGUUCAGACCCGCCACGAACUCGGAUGGGCGACGCUCGACAUUUCCUCUGUCAACGAAGAUCAUAAUGGUGAUUUUCAUAUUUGAAUUCCUUAGAUGUAGUAGUUUUUUUUUUCAAGAAAAAGUCUGUCGCCUAUAUAUAGGUAAAUAAAAAAGGUGAACUGUUAAAAAAAAUAGUUUUCAAACUUUCAUUUUUUCAUUUUGGGUUUUAGAGACUAUUCCUUUCGCGAAUGGAAAGAUUAGAUUUAGAUUAUGUUAAGAAAUCUAUCAUACUUUUUUUACAGACGAUUGUAGUUAUAAGUCUCUUUGUUUUUUGUUGUUAGUUUGAAUUGUUUAACUCUCUGUGUCCCAGGAGUCUACACGCUGACGAUCACCAACAGCGAAGGAGAAGCUGUUUCGACGGCUUCCAUCCGCGUCGCUGGCACUGGUCCAAUUCUCGGCGACACUCGUCACGAGGAAUCUUGGCGCAAGAUCCAAAUCCUCGAAGCCCCAAGAGAACCUGAACCGGAAGAACCGGCGCCGGUCUUCGAUCAUCCGGCCAUCAACACGCAGAUUCAGGAUCAAGAAUGCAACGAAGGCGACCACGUCCACUUCGAAGCUGUCGUUGUUCCCGUCAACGAUCCAAGACUUCAGGUAUUUUGCAUUUAUCAGGCUGUGAAUAAAAAGUUUUUUUAGUUUUUGGAACUAUCGCAGAAAAGAGAUUUUUUCGAGAAAAAAAUGUUUGGAAAAAACGUUCUCCAGUAAGCUUUCAAAUUUCUCUCGCAAAAACUUUUUCAAAAAGCGACACAUUUCCAAAAAAUAGACAACUUCAAGGUCUCGAGAAAAGUUAACUUUAUUUGAAAAACUAACUCAAAUUUUUUUUCGCUUCCUGUCGAAAGUAUAAAUGUUGAAUUUUCCUAUCAACAUAAUCAUUCCCAAUCAGAAUAAGGGUGAUUCAGAUAUUUAAUAUUUCUACAUUUGAAUUAUACUUUCUAGGUUCAAUGGAUUCGCAACGGCCAACCCCUCGCUCAUGGCUCCAAGUACGCGAUCCAGCAAGACUUUGGAAUCUGCACUCUCGACAUUGCCUACGCCUUCCCAGAAGACCAAGGCGUCUAUCAGCUUCGCAUCUGGAACGCUGAAGGAGAAGCCGUUUCUUCAGCUACCCUCAAGUGCCAUGGAAAGGACUCCAUUCUUGGACAGACUCAACAUGAAGAGAGCUGGAAGCGCAUUCAGGAAAUCGAGGCGCCGAAGCAGAAAUUUGAAGAGGCUGAUCCAGAGCCGAAGGGACCGCCAAGGUUCCUCCAGGCUCUGACGGCUCCGAGUGAGUUGGUCGAAACUCAGCCAGCUCACUUCGAAGCCACCAUUGAGCCUGUUGAUGACCCCAACCUGACUGUUCAGUGGUACCUCAAUGGAGCUCCGAUCGCUGCUUCGUCUCGCCUGAAGAUGAUCAACGACUUCGGAUGGAUCAUCAUGGAUAUCGGCCAGACGGAAGUUCGUGAUUCAGGAGAAUGGAAGUGCGUCGUGCGAAAUCAGGCUGGAGAAGCCGAGUCGUCAGUGCAGCUGUCCGUCCAAGGACGCGAAGGAAUCGCCUACGACUCUCUUCAGCCUCAGUCUUUGGACCGUAUCAAGGUGAUUGAAGCUGGACGUCCUGCCGCUCCUGAAGUGCCAGACCAGCAGUUCGAUGCACCAGCCAUUGUCACUCAACUUACCGUCCAAGGAGCCUUGGAAGAGGGAGGAAGCGCUCAUCUGCAGACUCAGUUCACUCCUGUCAAUGAUCCGUCUAUUCGCGUGGAGUGGCUCAAGGAUGGGAACCCCAUCUUCCAUUCUAACCGCUACAAGAUGGUUCAUGACUUUGGUUUCGCUGUUUUGGACAUCCUCCAUCUUCUGAAACACGACGUGGGCGAGUAUACCUUCCGAGUUUGGAAUGCCAGUGGAGAAGCUUCCACUUCGGCUUCAUUCAACGUUGACGAGAGCAGUGGACUGCUAUUGCAGCCACAAAAUGAACAGAAAGCGCGUGCUGUCGAAGAACUCGAAGUCAACCUCCGAAGACGUCCAGAGGAGGCUGAACAAGAGUUCAAGGAAGCUACGCCGGUCUUCAUUGAACCGCUGUCAGCUCCUCUGGAUACGGAAGAAGGCGGUCGCGCUCACUUCAACGCUCGUUAUGAGCCAGUCAACGACAACAAACUCCAAGUUCAAUGGUUCCUUGACGGCCGUCCCUUGAAGACUGGCAGUCGUGUCAAGACUAUGAACGACUUCGGUUACGUUGUUCUUGAGAUCAGCCCAGUUUAUCCUGAAGACAGCGGAGAAUACACCUGCCGCGCCAUCAAUCGCAUCGGAGAAGCCGUAACGUCGACACGUUUGAGCUGCACCCCGAAGGAAGGCAUCAUCAGCCAGUCUCAACUGCCUGAACGCAUGGCCAACGCUGGAGUUCGCAUUGCUGAAAUUGAGGCACCUAGGCCGAAAGCUCCAGAUGCUCCUGACUUUGACCAUGGAGCUCCCAAGUUCACCACCCAAUUGGUCAGCCCUCCGGAGUUGCAAGAAAGCCAGCAAGCUCAUCUUGAAUGCCAAGUGACGCCGGUGGCUGAUCCAAGACUGAAGAUUGAAUGGUUCCAUAACGGCAACCCAGUGAAACACUCUAACCGAAUGAAGAUGAUUCACGAUUUCGGCUUCGUUGUGCUUGAGUUGUCACCAGCGGAACCUCAAGACACAGGUACAUGGACUUGCCGAGCUACCAAUGACCACGGUUCUGACGAAGUCAGCGCUGAAAUCAAGGUCAUUGGUAACAGCGGAGUCUCCUACGAGUGGCAGAGCCAAUCUCAGAGGAAAGAACGCAUUACCGAGCUUGAGGAUUGGAUUCACAGACCUAAGGAAGAGCUCAAUCUUCCUCCUAUCGACUACCCGGCUCCUAGCUUCAGCCAAGAACUCACUGAUCUUGGAGACAUGGGUGAAGCGGACGCCACUGCUUUCGUCUGCGUUUUGGAGCCAAUUGGAGAUCCGACUCUCAGAGUUCAGUGGGAGCACAAUGGUCAUCCAAUUCCAUACUCCAACAGGUAAGAGCACUUUUUUCAAACAAAAAAAACUGAUUUUUGCUUCCAGAAUUUCUUGCACAAACGAGUUUGGAGUCGCGACAUUGCUGAUCAAGCACUUGAUCUCAGCGGACAGCGGCGAGUACAAGUGUGUGGCCACGAAUGCCAAGGGAACAGCUCAGACUGUGGGAAAAAUCGUUGUCGAAUCGGCAACCGUGAUCGACGCUCCUCAAAUCGUUCAGAAGCUGGUGGAAAACAUCGAUGGAACUCUGGAAGGAGACUCUAUUCAUCUCGAAUGCCGUGUCACUCCCAUCAACGAUCCUCAACUCAAGAUCCAGUGGCUUCGAAACGGUGCUCCUCUACCAGAAGCCAGUCGUUUCCGACCUGUCUACGAGUUUGGCUUCGUUUCCUUGGACAUUCUAUACGCCUACCCUGAAGACAACGGCGACUACGAGCUCGUCGCCUACAAUGACAAAGGGGAAGCCAGAACUCGCACUCACAUCACCGUCCUUCCAAGACCAGCCCUUGACUACACUUCUCAAACUCAUGGCAACCAACAAGACAGCCUUGAGUCGCACUUCCGCCAGCACUCUCAAGCCAAACUUGUCCUCACUGCGGCUGACGCCUACGAAGAGUCGCAGAAGAGAGCUCCGGAGAUCAAGGUGCCUCUGCAGAACAUUGGAGUGUUGGAAGGCGAGUUCUGUCGAUUCGAGACUCAAAUCGCGCCAAUAAACGAUCCUUACAUGAAGGUUGAGUGGUUCAAGGACAAGAAACCGGUCUUGAUUGGACAUCGUUUCCGUUCAACUCUCGACUUCGGAUUCGCUUGUCUUGAUCUUCUAUACGCUCUGCCUGACGAUACAGGCGAGUACCACUGUGUGGUAACCAAUCGUCACGGCCAGGCAAUGGUUUCCGCGAAAUUGGCUUGCCAAGGAGCUUCUCACGUCAUCACCGAUAGUCAGAUGCCACAAGGGCUCCGGGUGAGCAACGUCAAGAAAGACAACCAGAACAUCUACUGGUCUGAGCAAGGCAUUCAACAGCCAAAGUCCAAGCAGCCGCCGCAGUUCACCAUUCCUCUUAGGAACUUGCAAGUUACGGAGAACUCUCCGGCUCGCUUCGAAUGCGCAGUUACCGGCUACCCAAGACCCAAGGUCACUUGGUUCAUCAACAAAAACCAGGCUCUUCAUGGUCACCGCUACAAGCUCAACUUUGAUGGUUUGCACUACUUGACCAUUGGGAACUGUCGUAUCUCGGAUGCCGGAGAAGUCGUGGCCAUUGCUAGGAACAGCGAAGGCGAAGUCAUCUCUACGGCGACGCUCGACAUCUUCCAACGUGACGACUUCAGACAGACUCAGCUGCGUCCCACGACCUUCAAAACUUCAGAAGACAUCCACGCACGCGAAGUUCAAUGGCAGAAGGAGACGCUCGGCAAGUUGGGAGAAGCCUUCGAGACUGCUCCCAAGCCUGACGCUCAGAAACUCAUGCAGGUCGAAAGAUCACGAAGUCCCAUUGAGCCAAUGGAGACCGAGGAACUCAUGCAGAAGUUCACCCGACCGCGCGACGAUCAUUUCUACGACAAGCUUUCCUACGUCGAAACCGCCAAGCCUUCCUUCAAGGGAAUGGAGCUCGAGUCGGUGUCGCUCAAGGCUGGAAAGAUUGAAAAGUACGAACCGCCCGUCGAAGAAAUGGAGAAGGUUUUUCAAAAACUCUAUUUUUAAUAACUUUCUUUUUAAAGGUGAACCUGAAAAAUGUGACUACGAAGGAAGGCAAGGAAGUCGCUUGGGAACGACCCGACUGGGCUCAAGAUGGCGCCAAACGUCUUCCUGGAGCUGCUGAAGACAGGUAAUCAACAGAAAAACUUAUACGAAAUCACAAAAAGAAAUUAAGGUUCAAAAAGCUGCCCUCGCCUCCACGAGAUCUGGAGGUUCCCGCUCGUGAUCAAGUCAAGCUGAAGAUUGCCAAGCCUAAGCGCAAUGAGGUGAAUCUCAAGUUUUGAAAGAAUCGACAAUUAGUAUGUUCAAGGUGGAAGCUGGAGAAAGGGUGAAACUCCAAACCGACAAGGCCAAGAUCAAGGAUAUCCAACAGAAGCCAGAACAACCGAAAGACGAGCCGGUCGUCCACAAGGACCAAGUCCAGCUCAAGGUUAGAGAAAAUGAACUCUCAGGGAAGCUUUUUGAUCAAUCCUCCACCCUCCCACACUCCCGAAGCACUUCCAUAAAACAAAUAUUCCAUUCAUCGCUAGCUUCUCGCAAAAAUUUACAGAUUCUUCAGAAAACCUUCUUGGAAUAUUUUCCGGCUUUUUCUCCAAGCUAGCGAUGAAUCAAUUAUUGUGACAAUCCCUUGCCAACCCACGCAUUCAGCAACAACAACCGCCGAAAGCCGGAACCGGAAAAGGUGAAAAGUUCGCCGUGGAAAGCAAAGAACUCAAAGAAACGCCGGCCGUCGUCAAACCCGUCAUCGAGCAGUCCACCAUCAGCAACAAGGUUCACCAUCCUCCUGCAUGCCUCCUUGAAGCUGUCAAAAUUUUCUUUAACGUCUUUAUUUUUGGAACGCUUUACCAUAACUGUUUGUCACUAAUUUGCAUUGUUUGUUCGUCGAAUUAGUUCAAUUCUUGGUUAAAUAACCUGAAAAGAAAUAAGUUAGGUUUAUCUGCUUAAAUUCCCAGAUUUUCAGCUUUAUUAUAAAGUUUUCGUUGUCUAAGAAUUCGGUGCUAUUUUUAAUUAUUAUUAAAAAAAUCACUUUUUUUGAAAAAAAGAGGAAACAAAAAAACGGCAAGUGAAGUCCAAGAAAAUGGACCGAUUUUAAGCAGAGAAAUGAGCUCAUAGUAUACAGCUCAAAGCUUUCAACCGAUAUAUAAUAAUGUCGUUUCUGUAGAAAAUUUUUGCACGAAAUUUUCAAAUUUCAUGUUCAAAUCAAGUUUUUUCCUAGGAGUAUGCAACAGCUAUUUUUGAGCUACUUUUGGGGGUUUUCGGCUUUGAUAAGACAUGUCUAACUGAUCACACUUCCUUAAAAGAAAAAAUUCUUGCACAUUGUGCUCAUUUGCUCAUAAUGCUGCUGCUCAUGCUGAUAAUGCUGAAGUUUCACAUGUUUAACCUACUGAAUCUAGUGUUUUUGAAUUUUUAAAUGAUAGAGUGAUGUAAAAUCGCCCAAUAGUUUUUUAUUUAAUGGUUGCUCACCAUCUGGAUGUUGUGUAAUGGCAUGUGUUGGACAUUCAGCAGAAGAAUUCGAUCGUCUACCAGGCCUACCGUGAACAUCGUGAAUCCACUUCCAUGAGCACGUCCCACGAUUUCCUGGCCGUCGAAACAUCUGAAUCCAUGGUCCAAAGAGUCGAAUACAGCCCCAGGAGUCCGCGUCGAGAAAGAAUCGUCGGCUUCCACAUGAUUCGGGUCUGAGCAUUUGUCUGUCAAGCACGUCUGUGAAUGUUGUUCCUUGAACUUGAAAUGUUUUGAAAGUGUGUUGAUGGGGUUGAUAACUGUAUGAAUACGUUUUCUUGACUCCUUGUAGACUUCUUCUUCAGAUUUCAGAAAAGUGGUCGUUUGGAAUAUUUUCUAAAUUUUCUCAAGUUUUCUUUAAUUGGCUCACAUGAUUCUGCGAGAAUCCCAUAUUUAUACCGUAAAUGAUCACUUUUUUUGUAUAUUCAUCGAAUGUGGAAUGUAUGAUUUGAGGUUCGUAACUAUAAAAACUGUAUGAGAAUGUUUUUUUAUGACUCUCUCGUAGGCUUUUUCUUUCGGAUAGAAAAAUUUUUUUAUUUUUCUCUCGAAAAUAUUAUAAAGUGAAAAAAAGUAAUUACGAUUUUCUUCAGCCACAACCAACGAAAAUCGGCCAGUCGAAACAAGCUCCUCCAACGAUUUCCCAACAACUUUCGCCGUUGGAGGGAGAACUCGGCAAAGCCGCCAAAUUCACGGUGGCUUUCGAAGGAGCUGCUCCCAUCAAAGUUACUUGGUUCAAGGACGGAAAGGAGAUCAAGAGCACCUUCAGAUCACAGGUUUCACACUGCGAUUUUCGAAUUUUUGGAAGAUUUUCAACUCGUACUUCACUUUCGAGUUGGAUUAAAACUAAUGAAUUAUCUUAUACUGUUCCUCAAUCUGAGCUUUAUAGUUGGCUCGAGCACUUUAAAUGAUUUUAUAAUUGGAGAAAUUUCCAUGACGGAGGGAAUAUGAUGGUAAAAAAUGAGAUUAUUUUUCUUGAGCAGUUUCAAGCUCUGAUUCGAAAUCAGCAUGUAAUGUACAUUAGUACUUCUCAGAAGUCCUAGCGACCUAAGGAAUUCAGAAGGAAAGAUGGUAAUUUUCAUUGAACAGAGCAAGUUUCAGUUUUAAAAGGUCCUUUUCAGAUCACGACCAACAACAAGACCUCUUCUCUGCACAUUGGCCGGUUGGAGAACAGCCAUUCUGGCCAGUACAUGGCGCGUCUGGAAAACGUGGCCGGCACGGUCGAGACCUUCGCCUCGCUUUCCAUCGCUCCGCCCACCAACAAGGGACAAGCUCCCGAUUUCCGGGCCCGUCUCCACGAUGUGCGCGUCGCUCAGGGCGCUCCCGCGGAAUUCAGCUGCCAGAUCUCCGGAGAGCCUCAGCCGACCGUCAAUUGGUUCAAGGUAUCUAACUCUUCUCCCUGAAUAAUAAUAAUAUUCUUACUCAAGCACAAAAUGAAAAAGAAUGAAGAAACAUUUUAACCGGUUCAGGUCACCCUCAGUUUAAAAAAAAAUUUCAAAUUUCAACUUUUCUCAAAACUUCUUGUCAUCAGGAUAAUCAACCUCUGCCAAACGAUGAUCGCCUUGUGAGGUCCGAAGAUAACGGAACCUAUCAGCUGAAUUUGGCCGACACUCUUGCCACAGACGCCGGCGUCUACGAAGUCGUCGCCAAGAAUGCCGCUGGUGAAGCACGGUAAAAUCAGAAAAGCUCUGUGAAUUGGUAUCUAACUGCUUGUAGCUGCAAAGCCAGACUUAACGUCAACCUCCAAAAAACGGGUAAAGGAACCGAGGAAGGUCCUCGGUACGAGGCGCCGCGCUUCACGACACAAAUCCAGCCGAUUGUCGUUGACGAGGGAAAGACUGCUUCAUUCUCCGCCAAGUUCUCCGGGUUCCCAGGUGAGAUCGAGGAGGAAAGAAAUUGAAAAAUGCAAAAAAAGUUUUUUUCCCGAUCUAUUUUUUUUAAAUUUAUUAUUAUUUUCAAAGAGCGAUUAGGUAUUUCUUGGGGAAAAAAAGGCACGAAAUUAGAAAAAUAGUUUUUUUCAUACGAUGGUUCAGACAUAGAAACGGUGCUUUCUUUUCCAAUUUUUCAGGAAUUUGAUAUUUUCAUUUAGAAUUUUCGUCCAACAAUAAAGUAAUGAAGAAUUUUGAGAAUGUGAAAACAACCAAAAAUAGAAGAAGUAUAAUUUUCUGCAAUUUUUUCCCAAGUUUUCACGUCAAAAUAAAAGUUCAGUUCAUUCCAACUCCUUUUUUUCAGAACCCAUGAUUCGGUGGUACAGAAAUAACGAGCCUGUCAAGCAUUCCUCAGGAUAUGAAGUAAAAUAAUUGUUGAAACAUAUUCCUAAACUAAUCUCUCUCUGCUCAGGUUUCUCAGUCAAAGGGUGAAGCCGUACUCAGGAUAACGGGAGUCAAGAACGAAGACGUCGCCGAAUACAAGGUCGAAGCCAGCAAUCCCGCUGGAAAGGCUUCUUCGGUCGCCAACCUCGUCCUGACUCGUAAGCUUCAUCUCGGAUUGAACUUCUACAGAAAGAUUUUCAGCCCGUUCUGGCCGCAUCGCCAAGACGACGAUCACGCGCGGCGGAUCCGCCGCCGUGCAGAGCUCCGAUCGGCCCGCUACCGACUCGCCUCACUUCAUCUCCAAGCUCUCGGACAUUUCUGCGCGCCAGGGACACACGGUGAAGUUCGUGGCGGAAGUCGACGGAGAUCCGAUGCCCACGGUCAUGUGGCAGUUCAACGGAAAGCCCCUCGCUGCUGGACGUGACGUCAAGGUGAAUGAUAAUUCAAGAAAGAGGGCAGAUCAGAAGUCCUGAUCUUCAGGAGAAAAAAAAACAAAAAAUUUUUGCUCAGAGACAGUCUGAUUUUUCUUUCCGCUGUCUGUUUGCAAGAUGGAUCUUUAAAUCCAGGAUUUUGGGCCCCAGAAUUCAGAAAACUAUCUUCUUUCCGGUUCUCGCAAAUCUUUUCGGAAUUGUUAUUCAUGUUUUGAUGAACAUUUUGUAAAAUGUUUCUUUGAAAUUUUUUUUAUUUUGUUGUAAACGUAAUUCAAAAAAAACUAUGUCCCCAUAUUUCGGUCUUCUGAUGAAAUAUUCUCUUUUUGCAAAAUUUUUUCGCGAAAGAUUUUUUUUGUUCAAUUUCUGUGAAUUCACAAGCUACCAUUUUUGGAUUCAAUCAAAUUGAUGGGUCUUGCAGAUCACCUUGGAAGGCAAAAGAGCGGUUUUGGAACUGGCGCGAGUGACUUUGAUGAACUCUGGCGACUACCAGAUUGUCAUCAGGAAUCCCAAGGGCGCCGCCACCUCUCAAGCUCGUCUCACACUCAGUCAGUAGUGUCCUCGUCAUCUUCGACUCAUCGGACCUCUAUAUGAAAAUGGAAACAAAACAUUCACGGAAGGAAAAUUUGCCUGCGUUUUGACACUCCAUGCACGCCUUUUUCAAUCUUUUCUAUACGGGAACAGUCCCACACCGAAAAUUUCUCAUUCAAAAAUUUCCCCGCACAAACCGUUGAGAUGAUGAAACUGUUAAUUGUCCCAUUUCCAGAACUAACCCAUCUCACCGAAUUUCGUUCAGGUCGAUGA